GGUCAUUUUUAGGGUAACCAAGACUGAAGAAGCUACUGUCACUCUCUAGAACAUUUCGAUUCACAGAACGCAAAUGGCCAUGCGAUCGGUGCUCAGUCGUAUCUCGCCGACUCCCUUGACGAUGCGUGCUUCCGGCCCCGGUGGAUUCCGAUACUUUUCCGACGGCAAAGGUCGAGUUCUCAGUGAGGAGGAGCGUGCUGCCGAGAACGUCUACAUCCAGAAAAUGGAAAGAGAAAAGCUGGAGAAGCUGAGGCUUAAGGCCGAGAAAGAAAAGGCCGAAAAGGAGAAAGAACAGUCGGAGAAGAAACGUGAAGGGACCCAGUAGAUAAUGGUGGCUCAUCUGCAAGUUGUAUCAUCUGCUUUGGAGUUUGGUAGCAAGGAAUAAAAUGUGAGAUCCCCCCCCCCAAUCCCCAACCACCACUUUUCUGUAACUGACAGUUAAACCUGGAUUUGGUCUUUGUUUAGAUAAACCACGUUGCUUGUCUUUGACUGUUCUUCCUUCCACUCUGAAAUUGGAAUCACUGCUAUGUUUCGAGAUUCAUUUAUCUGUUCUGCCACUGAACUGAAUAAGUCUUGGUGUUUGGACGA